GCUGUGUUUCUUCCUGUAGAACGUUCUGCGUAAAGUUCAGCAUCAGGACGCUCUGCAGAUCUCAGACGUGGUCAUGGGUUCUCUGCUCCGCAUGUUCCAGAGCACCGCCGGCUCUGGAGGCGUUCAGGAGGACGCUCUGAUGGCCGUGUCCACGCUGGUGGAAGUCCUGGGCGGAGACUUCCAGAAGUACAUGGAGGCCUUCAAGCCGUUCCUCGCCAUCGGACUGAAGAACUUUGCCGAGUAUCAGGUGUGUCUGGCGGCGGUGGGUCUGGUGUGUGACCUGUGCAGAGCUCUGAUGUCCAACAUCCUGCCGUACUGUGACGAGAUCAUGCAGCUGCUGCUAGAGAACCUGGGGAACGAGAACGUCCACCGCUCAGUGAAACCUCAGAUCCUGUCUGCGUUCGGCGACAUCGCUCUGGCCAUUGGAGGAGAGUUUAAGAAAUACCUGGACAUCGUCUUGGACACGCUGCAGCAGGCGUCACAGGCUCAGGUCGACAAGACGGACUACGACAUGGUGGACUACCUGAACGAGCUGAGGGAGGGUUGUCUGGAGGCGUACACCGGCAUCAUCCAGGGCCUGAAGGGCGACCAGGAGAACGUCCACCGUAAGACACUUAAACUCACUCUGAUCACAUGACCACAACCUUUCGUU